AUGGUGUCCGACAACAAAGUGUUUCAGCCACUGGAUAUCAAGCUCUUUGGGCCCCAUGAUGAUGAAGAGGACCUGUUCUUCAAGAACUUGCUCUUGUCCCUUGUAGGGGGAGAAACCACCCCUGAUCAGGCCGCCAAUGAUCUAGAUAAGUGGAUUGUUGAGAAAGCCAACAAGGGUUUUGAAGAGCGGAAGAAAUACCCAGACCCGUGGAACGUACCCUCGCCAGAAGACCCGUCUUGUGUAGCACCGAACCCCAGCGGCCUUAUUACUUGUUUCUUCGAAUCCUUCGCGCGGUUAGGUUCGGCAUUCCCACCGGGCCAUGUUGGUCAGGACAGACUGAUUCAAUUCCUGGAGGCCCUGAGGGCUAUGCCUAUGCAUGCAGUCCCUAAUUAUCUUCCCAAUGACCCCCCAGAAGACUGGUACUACAUGCUCGAGUUGUGGCCGUUCGGGGACAGCUGGUUGGGUUUGACCGAGGUCUUCCGUACGGAAGCAGAAGACUGCGGCUAUCCAUAUGCUACCUUUGCAACCCUCGGAAGUGACAUGCAGAUAGGAUGGCGCAACUGGCAAUCAUUUCUGGCACGUGUUACAGCCUUGGGCUUUGUUGACUGCAGCUUCCUCUGUUCGUUGGAAGGAAUUCUGCCUCAGUCGAUAUUGCUAGCCGAUAGCAGGAUUUCAGGAGAUGUGAUUGGCGGGGUGCAGUGGAUUCUCCAGCCAGACACUGGAGCAUACGUUUAUCGGCAGUGCAAAGCGGUGGAGAAGGUUUCGGAGUCGGAUUCCAGAGCGAUGUGGAGCUUUGAAAGAUGGAGGCAAUGGAAAGUUCGAUUGGCAAGUGUCUCAGGCGAUAAUAGAUUCGCUCCUGAAGUCCGACAGAUUGCCAAAUCGGCUGUUGAUCGGAUGGUAAACUUAGAUACAGAAGACUGCUCUGUAGCGGGUUCUGUAUAG